UGGACUCUCACUCACGAAACUCUAGCUUUGAGACACUUCUCUCUUCCUAGAAACUGACUUGGGCGUCGGAGGAUUAACGGGCCCAGGCGCCCCCUCCUUGUUCGUGUGUGCAGAUCGACGCCUGGCGAGAGAGGAUUUGGGAGAGUCUUACGAGGGUAACGUGUCUCAAACAAUUGGCACGCCAGAUAGGGGAAUAUAGCCAGGAGUCAUGAGUGAAGAGGCGCCGAUGAAUGAAGAAAGGGAAGAAAUUACGGAAGAACAAUCGGAGCGAAUGAGAGGGCAGACGCCCUAGGAGGAAGAAGGUGAAGGAAGUGAGGGCGUGUUGCGGGGAUCCGAGGGCGCCUCAGUCACAAAAAAAGAAUUGUUCCGGAUCAUUGAGGAUCAAGACGAGGCGAUCGAGGCGCUGCGGCGUGAAAUGGACGCCUUAAGGAGGAAUGAAGGGAUGACGCCCAGCCAGACAAAAAAAAGAGAAAGGAUGGAAGAGACGGAGAGUGAAUCGGGGUGCCCGAGGCGUCCCGGUCCAUGGCGCCCACGUGAUCACGGGGCGCCUGACGCUAGUGGAUGGAAUGGAGGAAUAUUGGGGCGCCUUUCACGCCACUGCCCUGUGAGGCAGCCUCUGGCGCGUUGCAUAUUGUCGGAGCCAGCCGGAACCAACAUUCCCCCACUCCCAGCCUAUGACGGAACUGGAGACCCCGAGGACCACCUUAACGGAUAUUUCACCAAAAUGCAACUCUAUAACAGCACAGACGCCACCCUGUGCAAGGUAUUUCCGUCCACCUUUUCGGGCGUGGUUCUCGAUUGGUAUCAUCAGAUCGGUGAAGGGCGCAUCGACUGCUUCGAACAGUUCGCAGCGAUGUUCUUGGCGAAAUUUGCCAGCAGAAAAAGGCGCUCCUUGACCAUAGGCGCCCUGUUUAAGGUCAAGCAGAAAGAGGGAGAGGCGUUACGGGAAUUUUACGAGAGGUGGCUAUCCGUGGCCUUAGCAGUAAAGGACGCCCAGCCGUCGGUGCUGGGGGUGUGUCUGAAUGAGUGCACCUCUAGUGAGGAGCUAUGCAGGGCGCUUGCGAAGAGAGAUGUGGUGUCCACAGAGGACCUGGAUCAUAGAGUGCAAAAGGUAAUUAUGCUGGAGGAGACAUUAGCAGCCAGGAGGGCAGAUCGGAGGAAGGCACGAGUGGAGGAGGCCGAGGUGCCGAGGAGACAGUACCCAACGAGUGGUUCGGGCUAUGCGCCCGCAAGCCAGCCCCCGCCAAGGAGGAACGAUAUGGGGCUCCAGGCGCCUAGAGGGGCUGGGCCCUUCGCCGAGUACAAUGACACCCUGAAGAACGUGCUCCAGCACGUCAAGGAGAAGGGAUACCACAUCAGGUGGCCAGGCCCAAUGCGGGGGCAACCCAACGAGCGGAACUUGGACCGAUACUGCGAUUUCCACCGUGAAAUUGGGCACUACACGGCUGAUUGCUACCAACUUAAGACAGAGCUGCAGGGUCUUGCGGACAGAGGAAUGCUCAAUGACUUCAUCAGAAAACCCGAGGAAAGAGUGCAUAGGGCAUGUGUGGCUGGAGUGGUGAGAGCAGGAGAGAAGCUGCCACCACCACCCUAUGACUUGGACCAAGAAAAGGCGCUUGACCGCGUGCGCUUGACGAUCGAAGCCAUUUCAGGGACAAUGGAUUUGAGGGAGAAGAUAGAAGCGAAGCGCCGGUUGAGGGCAGCGUCGGCGGAUGUGCAGGAGUCUAUUGACAUUAGCUUCAACAAGGCGCCGGAGGAGGCGUGUAUGCUCCCGUCCAUGGACGCCUUGGAGAUACAAGGGGUAGUAGCCGGAUGCAGGGUAAGGAGAAUGUUGGUCGAUACGGGAAGCUCCAUGGAUGUGCUGUUCAAGGAUACGGUGGUUCGCAUGCAACUAUCACCAGGGAUGAUCAGACCAUCGGAGUCGGUACUAGUAGGCUUUUCCGGGGCGCCCGCCAGAGUGAUAGGGCGGGUAUGCCUGCCCGUCACGUUGGGAGAUGGGGAGCAAAGGGUGACGCGCGCCAUAGACUUUGGGAUAGUAGACUGCCCUUCGCCGUACAAUGCGAUCCUUGGAAGGCCGCUCCUGGCUUUGUUUAAUGGGGUGGCCUCCACUUAUCAUCAGACCUUGAAGUUCAUCGCCCCGCAAGGGGUGGGCGUGGCCCGAGGACGAGGCGCCCCGCGUUACGCGAAGGAGAUAGGGCGCAAGCGAAGACACGUCGAGGCAAGAGUCAAUGUGAUGGAGGUAGGGGAAGACGAGGCGCCUCGAGCCGAGGCGGCUGAUGAGGACCUUUUGAUAGCGCUGGAGGAAGGGCGCCCAGAAAGGUGCGUUAGGAUCUCGGCAGAGGCGCCUGCCGAGAUUAUGGAACGACUCAUCACGCUUCUAAAAUAGUUCGCAGAGCUUUUCGCGUGGAGUGCAAUGGAAAUGCCGGGCGUCAAACCUGAAACAGCAGUGCACAGGUUAGCGGUUGAGGAAGGGAGGCGCCCUGUGCAACAAAAGCGCAGGAACUUA